UGGUGUCUGCAGUUUGCCGGGUUGACUCGCAGACUCCGCCUGGCAGGGAGGAGGCGGGGCUUUUGCCUGGCUAAGGUGGGCGCGCACACCCCGGGCCCAGGCAUAACUUUACGUUACCGGUUUUCGCGCUCUGUUUAAGUCAUUUGGAAGUGUAGCCAACGGGACCGUUUUCUCGUUCCGUUUAGUAAAACAUCUUCACUUUGGUUACACAAGCUUAGGUUUCAGGGCGGUGACUCUGUCAUGCCGAACUCUCGGCCCAGGCCCCGCCGGGGUGCCCGGAGUGGCGCCGGGGCAGUCGGGCGCGACCGGCUGGUGUCGCGGUCCUUGCAGAGCGCAGAGCACUGCCUGAGCGCCCAGGACUUUGGCACCGCCUAUGCCCACUACCUCCUUGUACUCAGCCUGGCGCCGGAGCUGAAAGACGACGUGAAGGAAACUUUUCAGUAUACACUGUUCAGAUGGGCUGAAGAGCUUGAUGCUCUCAGUCGAACACAAGACUUACUUGGUUGUUAUGAGCAGGCUUUGGAACUGUUUCCUGAUGAUGAAGUGAUUUGCAAUAGUAUGGGGGAACACCUCUUCAGAAUGGGCUUUAGAGAUGAAGCAGCUGGGUAUUUUCAUAAAGCAGUGAAACUAAACCCAGAUUUCAAUGAUGCAAAGGAGAAUUUUUAUCGUGUUGCAAACUGGUUGGUGGAACGCUGGCACUUUAUCAUGCUUAAUGACACCAAACGGAAUACAGUUUAUAAUGCAGCAAUCCAGGAUGCAGUUUGUUUGGGGUCCAAGAGUGUUUUGGACAUUGGAGCAGGAACUGGAAUACUAAGCAUGUUUGCUAAAAAAGCUGGAGCACACUCAGUAUAUGCUUGUGAGUUAUCCAAGACCAUGUAUGAACUUGCCUGUGAUGUAGUAGCAGCAAACAAGAUGGAAGCAGGAAUCAAACUCUUACAUAUGAAGUCACUUGACAUAGAGAUUCCAAAACACAUUCCUGAAAGAGUGUCCCUAGUUGUAACAGAAACUGUCGAUGCAGGUUUAUUUGGAGAAGGAAUUGUGGAGAGUUUAAUUCAUGCAUGGGAGCAUUUACUUUUGCAGCCAAAGACCAGAGGUGAAAAUGGUAAUUGUGAAAAGUAUGGGAAAGUUAUACCAGCAAGUGCUGUUCUAUAUGGAAUGGCAGUAGAAUGUGCAGAAAUAAGAAGACAUCAUAGGGUGUGUACUAAGGAUGUUGCGGGGAUCUGUUUACCAACAAAUGUGAAAUUUCAGAGUCCAGCUUGUUCUUCUGUGGAUACUGAAGAGACAGUGGAACCAUAUACAACUGAAAAGAUGAGUCGAGUUCCUGGGGGAUAUUUGGCUUUGACAGAGUGCUUUGAAAUUAUGACAGUAGAUUUCAACAAUCUUCAGGAAUUAAAAAGUCUUGCAACUAAAAAAUCUGGUAAAAUUGGUAUUCCUGUGAUUAAAGAAGGCAUACUAGAUGCUAUUGUGGUUUGGUUUGUACUCCAGCUUGAUGAUGAACACAGUUUAUCCACAAGUCCUAGUGAGGAAACAUGUUGGGAACAGGCUGUCUACCCUGUCCAUGACCUUGCAGACUACUGGAUAAAAUCUGGGGACCAGGUGAUGAUGGAAGUGUCUUGUCAAGAUUGUUACUUAAGAAUCCAGAAUAUCAGUGUUUUCAGUUCAGAACAUGAAAUGGAUGUUGGAAAAGAUUUUUGCAAGGAUAAAGACUUGUUCUCCUUAGGAAGUGAAGCUGAACUCUGUAGUGCCCUGGCUAACCUUCAGACCAGCAAACCAGAUGCUAUGGAGCAGACAUGUAUAUUGGAAUCCACAGAAAUUGCUUUGCUUAAUAACAACCUCUAUCAUGAAAGCUUUAAAAUGGCAAUGAGAAAAGUGUUGUCUUCAUUGACUCCAGAGAAACUGUGUCAGGCCAUGGAUACUCACUGCCAGAAUAACGAGAUGAGCUGUGGAAGUGGACAGAGUAAUUCAGAAGAGAGCAUCCCUGAACCAUUCUAUGUGUUAGAUGUUUCCGAAGGCUUCUCCAUUCUGCCCAUAAUUGCUGGCACACUUGGGCAGGUUAAACCUUACAGUUCUGUGGAGAAAGACCAACAUCGUAUAACUCUGGACCUCAUAUCUGAAGCCAAUCACUUUCCUAAAGAAACACUUGAGUUUUGGCUGAGACACGUGGAAGAUGAAUCUGCUGUGUUGCAAAGGCCAAAAUCAGACAAGUUGUGGAGUAUAAUUAUACUGGAUGUCAUUGAGCCAUCUGGGCUCAUUCAGCAGGAAAUAAUGGAAAAAGCUGCAAUAUCCAGACCCUGCUUGAAAUUCUUUUGGGUAUAUACCCAGAAGUGGAAUUGCUGGAUCAUAUGGUGUUUGCUGCAAUCUGGAGGCAAGAUCUUUCCUCAAUAUGUGCUGAUGUUUGGGUUGCUUGUGGAAUCACAGACACUGGUAGAAGAGAGUGCUGUUCAAGGAACAGAACGCACUCUUGGAUUGAAUAUAGCACCUUUUAUUAAUCAGUUUCAGGUACCUAUACGUGUAUUUUUGGAUCUGUCCUCAUUGCCCUGUAUACCUUUAAGCAAGCCAGUGGAACUCUUAAGACUAGAUUUAAUGACUCCAUAUUUGAACACCUCUAACAGAGAAGUAAAGGUACACAUUUGUAAAUCUGGACAAGUGACUGCCAUUCCCUUUUGGUAUCAUAUGUACCUUGAUGACGAGAUUAGGUUGGAUACUUCAAGUGAAGCCUCCCACUGGAAACAAGCUGCAGUUGUAUUAGAUAAUCCCAUCCAGGUGGAAAUGGGAGAAGAAUUAGUACUCAGUGUCCAGCAUCACAAAAGCAAUGUCAGCAUCACAGUAAAACAAUGAAGAGUAGUUUUCUAAUGAAAAACUGUUCAGGCAGAGCAGCUAGUGUGCAGUUCUGGUCUGAAUUAGUAGUGGAAUUGUAUUCAUGAAAUGGGGGUAUAAAGAUUUAAUUCCUUGUAAUGGUUAAAUAUUUUUUAAAUUGAUUAAUAAAGUAUAUUUAAAAGAUUUUAAA